AUGGAGACACUAAGGGUGCAAACCAUAGCUUCCGAAUCCAAAGAUGAUCCAAUCCCAGACAUGUUUGUUAGGUCAGAGACGGAGCAACCAGGCAUCACAACAGUUCAUGGGGUGAAUCUUGAGGUCCCCAUUAUUGAUUUAAGUGACCCAGAUGAACGAAAGGUGAUCCAUGAGAUUGUGGAGGCGUCUAAGGACUGGGGUAUGUUCCAAAUUGUGAACCAUGAAAUACCUAGUGAAGUUAUAAGCAAGUUACAAAAUGUGGGUAAAGAGUUCUUUGAGUUACCCCAAGAAGAAAAGGAGUUAUAUGCUACGCCUAUGGGAUCUAAUUCCUUAGAAGGGUAUGGCACAAAGCUUUCAAAAGAGGUGAAUGGCAAGAAGGGUUGGGUAGACCAUUUGUUUCACAUUGUAUGGCCACCUUCCUCCAUAAACUACCAUUUCUGGCCUAAGAACCCUCCUUCUUACAAAGAGGUCAAUGAGGAAUACUGCAAGUACCUACAUGCGAUGGUGAACAAAUUGUUCAAGUGUAUGUCAAUAGGGCUUGGGCUUGAAGAAAAUGAGCUAAAGGAAGCUGCAAAUGAAGAUGAGAUGAUACAUCUUCUAAAAAUAAACUAUUACCCACCAUGUCCUUGUCCUGAUUUGGUCCUAGGUGUGCCACCACACACAGACAUGUCUUACCUCACCAUUUUGGUGCCCAACGAGGUGCAAGGCCUUCAAGCUUCUAGAGAUGGCUAUUGGUACGAUGUUAAGUAUGUCCCUAAUGCCCUCAUCAUUCACAUUGGGGACCAAAUAGAGAUAUUAAGCAAUGGAAAAUACAAGGCCGUUUUUCACAGAACAACAGUGAACAAAGAUAAGACAAGGAUGUCGUGGCCGGUGUUUAUAGAGCCACAACCCGAGCAUGAGGUUGGUCCUUAUCCAAAGUUAGUUAACGAAGACAAUCCACCAAAAUACAAGACCAAGAAAUUUAAGGAUUAUGUUUAUUGUAAGUUGAAUAAGAUUCCUCAGUGA